AUGACUUCCCAGUCUAAACAUCAACACCCACGAGUUCUGGCUGGAGAACUAAACAAUCCAAUGGAAGUUCUUCCAAAAUGUUCAGAAGAACGAGAGCAAGACGAGGAAGAGGCACUAGAAUGGGAACCACUUGAGAAACUUCCUACCUAUGAUCGAUUGAGGAAAGGUAUAUUAACAACACCAAAACGUAGAGUUAAUGAUCAAGUCGAUAUCUGCAAUCUUGGAUCAGAAGAAAGAAAGUUUUUACUCGAUAAGUUGGUGAAAGUGUCAGACGAGGACAACGAGAAGUUCUUAUUGAAGCUCAAGAAUCGUAUUGAUAUGGUUGGCAUUAAGCUUCCAAUUAUUGAAGUCAGAUUCGAGCAUCUAAAUGUCGAAGUACAAGCUUAUCGUUUGUUGAAUUGUCUUCGUAUCCUUCCAAGUAGAAAGAAACAACAAACCAUUCUUAAGGAUAUUAGUGGAAUCAUCAAGCCAUCGAGGAUGACAUUGCUUCUUGGUCCUCCGAGCUCUGGAAAGACUACAUUCUUGUUCGCAUUAGCAGGAAAGCUUGAUCCUACUCUACAGUGUUCUGGUACUGUGACAUACAAUGGUCAUAUGAUGAAUAAGUUUAUACCCCAGAGAACGGCUGCCUAUAUCAGUCAAUAUGAUCUUCAUUUCGCAGACCUGACUGUUAGGGAAUCUUUGACAUUUUCUGCAAGAUGCCAAGGUGUCGGAUUCCGACAUGAGAUGCUGACUGAGUUAUUAAGAAGAGAGAAAGAAGCAAACAUUUUGCCUGAUCCUGAUGUUGAUGUCUUCAUGGAGGCAAUGGCAACUGAAGGUCAGGAAGCCAAUGUGAUGCUAGGCUUGGAAGUUUGCGCAGAUACCCUUGUGGGGAAUAUCUCAGGAGGACAAAAGAAGCGUCUUACUGCCGGUGAAAUGCUGGUUGGGCCUGCAAGAGCAUUGUUCAUGGAUGAGAUUUCUACUUGUUUGGACAGCUCAACAACCUCCCAAAUUAUGAACUCACUGAGGCAACACGUUCGCAUUUUUAAUGGAACUGCUGUCAUCUCUCUCCUUCAGCCAACACCAGAGACUUAUGACUUAUUUGACGACAUUAUUCUCCUGUCAGACAGCAAAAUUGUAUACCAGGGUCCUCGUGAAAAUGUCAUUGAAUUUUUUGAACAGAUGGGUUUCAGGUGUCCUGAAAGAAAAGGAGAAGCUGACUUCUUGCAAGUGAUAUCUAAGAGAGAUCAAGAGCAGUAUUGGGCACGUAAAGAUGAGCCUUACAAAUUUGUCACGGUCAACGAAUUUUCCGAGGCAUUUCAAUCAUUCAAUGUGGGACGAAGGAUUAUAUACGAGCUUUCCAUCCCGUUUGACAAAACCAAGAAUCAUCCAGCAGCUUUGGCAACCAAAAUGUAUGGGGUUGGAAUGCUAGAUCUGAUUAAAGCUAACUUGUCAAGAGAAUACUUGCUCAUGAAGAGGAACUCAUUUGUCCACAUCUUCAAGCUUUGCCAACUUAAAAUUAUGUCAAUCAUUGCUAUGACACUCUUUCUACGGACCGAAAUGCACCGAAAGUCAGUCACUGAUGGAGAAAUUUAUAUUGGAGCUUUAUUCUUCACUACAAUGUCAAUCAUGCUUAAUGGUAUGUCAGAGCUAUCUCAGACCAUUGCAAAGCUCCCGGUGUUUUAUAAGCAAAGAGACCUCCGAUUCUAUCCUUCAUGGGCAUAUUCUCUUCCUCCAUUCAUCCUGAAAAUCCCUCUCUCAUUCGUUGAAGUUUUCGGAUUGGUGUUCCUAACUUAUUAUGUAAUUGGAUUUGACCCGAACGUUGGAAGGCUCUUUAAGAAGUACCUUCUGCUUGUACUAAUUAACCAGAUGGCAUCUGUACUAUUUCGAUUUACAGCCGCCGUUGGAAGAAAUAUAAUUGUUGCUAACGCUUUGGGGACAUUUGCUCUUUUUGCACCUUUUGCAUUGGGUGGAUUCAUCAUUUCAAGAGAUAAGAUUAAGAAAUGGUGGAUAUGGGCUUACUGGAUCUCCCCAUUGAUGUAUGACCAAAAUGCCAUUGUAGCCAACGAGUUCCUUGGAUAUAGUUGGAGUCAUAUUCCGAAAACGUCAAAGUCAACAGAAUCACUAGGAAUUCAAGUUUUGAAGAGUCAUAAGUUCUUCACAAAAGCAUAUUGGUAUUGGAUAGCAAUCGGGGUAAUCAGUGUAUAUGUACUUCUAUUCAAUGUCUGCUUCGCCCUGGCUCUCACUUUCCUCAAUCCAAUUGAGAAGCAUCAGGCUGUUAUAUCUGAAGAGUUCAAAAGUGAGAAAUCCGGUGAUAAAACAAGGGCCAUUCAGUUUUCAAAUCGUGGAGGCAACCCCACAACAAAAGCAGCAGAAAGUGGAGUUGAAGAUUUUAGAAGUGGUUCAGAGUCCACUAGCGAGUUCCACGGCAACAUGAACAAAGGAAUGGUUCUUCCAUUCGAACCACAUUCCAUCACCUUUGAUGAAGUUACUUACUCUAUUGACAUGCCACAGGAAAUGAAAGUUCAAGGAGUUGUUGAAGAUAGAUUGGUGCUUUUGAAGGGUGUGAGUGGUGCUUUCAGGCCUGGUGUCCUUACAGCUUUGAUGGGUGUUAGUGGGGCUGGAAAAACGACUUUGAUGGAUGUGCUGUCUGGAAACAAAACUGGUGGAUAUAUUGAGGGAGACAUCAGAAUUUCUGGGUACCCUAAGAAGCAAGAAACUUUUACUAGAAUUGUUGGAUACUGUGAACAAAAUGACAUUUACUCUCCACACGUUACCGUCUAUGAAUCCUUGCUCUAUUCAUCUUGGCUUCGUCUACCCCUUGAAGUGGAUGCUAAAACUAGAAAGAUGUUUAUUGAUGAAGUCAUGGAGCUUGUGGAGACGAACUCAUUGCGGCAGGCACUAGUUGGGUUGCCUGGUGUGAAUGGUCUAUCCACGGAGCAGCGUAAGCGGCUAACAAUUGCACUAUUCCUGAUGAAGCAAGGAGGUCAAGAGAUAUAUGUAGGGCCAUUCGGUCGCCAUUCUACCCAUCUAAUCAAAUACUUUGAGAAUUCAAAUCUGUACAGGAGAAACAAAGCUCUUAUAGCAGAAUUAAGUGCACCUGCUCCAGGCUCAAAGGACCUCUAUUUCCCUACACAGUACUCAACAUCAUUUUUCACACAAUGCAUGGCUUGCCUGUGGAAGCAACAUCGGUCAUACUGGAGGAAUGCACCAUACACUGCUGUGAGAUUUAUUUUCACAACCUUUAUAGCAUUGAUGAUCGGAACAAUAUUUUGGGACCUCGGCUCCAAAUUGAAUAAUGUUCAAGAUCUUUCCAGUGCAAUUGGUGCAGUGUACACAACAGUCCUGAUUGAGCUUCCACAUAUUUUUGUUCAAGCUGCGAUUUAUGGUUCUAUAGUGUAUGCAAUGAUUGGAUUUGAAUCCAGUGUUACAAAGUUCUUUUGGUAUCUACUUUUCAUGUACUUCACAUUAUUAUACUUCACAUUCUAUGGAAUGAUGGCUGUCGCCAUGACUCCAAACCAGCAAAUUGCGGCCAUUGUAUCCUCAGCAGUUUCUUCAAUUUGGAAUCUUUUCUCAGGAGUUGUAAUCCCUCGAACUGUUAAGUGUUUCCCAGGAUCACGAAAUGGAAAAAAAAUGAGUGCUGAUAUUUAUAGAGCUGGUAGUAGUUUAAGAGAUAGUUUAAGAGCAAGUUCGUCAGUAUGGAGAAACAGUACUGUGGAAGCAUUUUCAAGAUCUUCAAGAGAAGAAGAUGAUGAAGAGGCCCUAAAAUGGGCUGCCCUUGAGAAAUUACCUACUUAUGAUCGUCUAAGGAAAGGUAUAUUAAUGAGUGCGUCAAGAGGUGUAAUUGGUGAGGUAGAUAUUGAAAAUCUUGGAGUCCAAGAGAGAAAACAGUUGCUUGAGAGGUUGGUCAAAGUUGCAGACGAGGAUAAUGAGAAGUUCUUGUGGAAACUCAAGAACCGUAUUGAAAGGGUUGGAAUUGAGUUUCCAACAAUUGAAGUUCGGUACAAUAAUCUAAAUAUUGAAGCAGAAGCUUACGUAGGAAGCAGUGCUUUGCCUUCAUUCUCUAAGUUCACUUUUAAUAUACUAGAGCUAAUCACUCAUCCAUCAAUUUUGAAGGGUUUAUUGAUUGCUCUUCAUAUCCUUCCAAGUAGAAAGAAACCACUCACCAUCCUUCAGGAUGUUAGUGGAGUCAUCAAGCCAUCAAGGAUGACUUUGCUUUUGGGACCUCCAAGUUCUGGGAAGACCACUCUGUUGUUGGCAUUGGCUGGAAAGCUUGAUCCUAGUUUGAAGGUGUUUUCUGGUCGUGUGACGUACAAUGGUCAUGAGAUGAACGAGUUCAUACCACAAAGAACAGCUGCCUAUAUCAGUCAACAUGAUCUCCACAUAGGAGAAAUGACAGUUAGGGAAACUUUGGCAUUCUCAGCCAGAUGCCAAGGGGUGGGACACCUGCAUGAGAUGUUAGCAGAGUUGUCGAGAAGAGAGAAAGAAGCCAACAUUAAGCCCGAUCCAGAUGUUGAUGUCUUCUUGAAGGCAGUAGCAACACAAGGUCAAGAGGCCAAUGUCAUCACCGAUUACGUCUUAAAGAUACUAGGAUUGGAACUCUGCGCAGAUACUCUGGUAGGUGAUGAAAUGAUAAGGGGUAUAUCUGGAGGACAGAGGAAGCGUGUUACAACUGGUGAAAUGCUGGUCGGACCAUCAAGAGCAUGGUUUAUGGAUGAGAUUUCUACAGGCUUGGACAGCUCAACGACUUACCAAAUUGUGAACUCGUUAAAGCAAACCGUUCACAUUCUCAAUGGCACUGCUGUCAUCUCACUUCUCCAGCCAGCACCGGAGACUUAUGACCUCUUUGAUGACAUUAUUCUCCUGUCAGAUGGCCAAAUUGUGUACCAGGGUCCUCGUGAAAAUGUGCUUGGAUUUUUUGAACAUAUGGGCUUCAAAUGUCCCGAAAGAAAAGGCGUGGCAGAUUUUCUGCAAGAAGUGACAUCAAGGAAAGAUCAAGAGCAGUAUUGGGCACCUAAAGAUCAGCCUUACAGGUUUGUUACGGUCAACGAAUUUGCUGAGGCAUUUCAAUCAUUCAAUGUGGGACGAAGUGUUACAGAUGAGCUUUCAAUCCCAUAUGACAAGACCAAGAACCAUCCAGCUGCAUUGGUAAACAGAAAGUAUGGAGCUGGAAAGAUGGAUCUCCUUAAAGCUAACUUCUCAAGAGAAUACUUGCUCAUGAAAAGGAACUCAUUUCUGACAUUAAUGGCAUUGAUUUCUAUGACACUCUUCUUUCGGACCGAGAUGCAUCGAGAUACAGUAACCGAUGGAGGAAUUUAUACUGGUGCUUUAUUCUUCACUGCGAUCAUGAUCAUGUUUAAUGGUAUGUCAGAACUAUCCAUGACCAUCGUAAAGCUUCCUGUGUUUUACAAGCAAAGGGAACUUCUAUUCUUUCCUCCAUGGGCAUAUUCAAUUCCUCCAUGGAUCCUCAAAAUUCCGAUCACAUUUGUUGAAGUUGGUGCAUGGGUGUUCCUGACCUAUUAUGUAAUUGGAUUUGAUCCUAACGUUGAAAGGCUUUUAAAGCAGUACUUCGUGCUUUUGCUAAUCAACCAGAUGGCAUCUGCUCUAUUUCGAUUUAUUGCUGCAGCUGGAAGGAACAUGAUUGUUGCUAACACCUUUGGGUCAUUUGUGCUACUUGCACUUUUUGCAAUGGGUGGCUUCAUCUUGUCACGCGAGCAAAUAAAGAAAUGGUGGAUAUGGGGUUACUGGAUUUCACCAUUGAUGUACGGGCAGACAGCAAUAUUAGUGAAUGAGUUCCAUGGAAAUAGUUGGAGUCAUAUUCCUGAAAACUCCACAGAACCACUAGGAAUCCAAGUUUUGAAGAGUCAAGAGUUCUUCACAGAAGCAUAUUGGUAUUGGAUAGGCGUAGGGGCAACAAUAGGAUUCAUGUUACUAUUCAAUGUCUUCUUCGUUUUGGCCCUCACUUUCCUCAAUGAAUUUGAGAAGACUCAGGCCUUUAUAUCUGAAGAACCCGAAAGCAAUGAUUCUAGACGAGCUGUUCAGUUGUCAAACCGUGGAAGUAGUCACCAAACCAAUACAGAGAGUGGUGUUGAAAUUAAUAGAAGUGGCUCAAAGUCCAUUGGUGAGGCCAGCAAUAACAGGAAGAAAGGAAUGGUGCUUCCAUUUGAACCACAUUCCAUCACAUUUGAUGAAGUUAUUUACUCUGUUGACAUGCCACAGGAAAUGAAAGUUCAAGGAGUUGUUGAAGAUAGAUUGGUGCUUCUGAAGGGUGUGAGUGGUGCUUUCAGGCCUGGUGUCCUUACAGCUUUGAUGGGUAUUAGUGGUGCUGGAAAAACGACUUUGAUGGAUGUGUUAGCUGGCAGGAAAACUGGUGGAUAUAUUGAGGGAGACAUUAAAAUUUCUGGGUACCCAAAGAAGCAAGAAACUUUUGCAAGAAUUUCAGGAUACUGUGAGCAAAAUGACAUUCACUCUCCACAUGUUACUGUUUAUGAAUCUUUACUUUACUCAGCUUGGCUUCGUCUACCCCCUGAAGUUGACUCUGAAACAAGAAAGAUGUUCAUUGAGGAAGUCAUGGAGCUUGUGGAGUUGAAUCCAUUGCGCCAUGCAUUAGUUGGGUUGCCUGGUGUGAAUGGUUUGUCCACUGAGCAGCGCAAGCGGCUAACCAUUGCAGUUGAGCUAGUUGCAAAUCCUUCUAUAAUAUUCAUGGAUGAGCCAACUUCAGGGCUAGAUGCUAGAGCCGCUGCAAUUGUGAUGAGAACAGUUAGGAACACUGUGGACACAGGAAGAACAGUUGUAUGCACCAUCCACCAGCCCAGUAUAGAUAUAUUUGAAGCUUUUGAUGAGUUAUUCCUGAUGAAGCGAGGAGGGGAAGAGAUAUAUGUGGGGCCAUUGGGUCGCCAUUCUGCUCAUCUAGUUAACUACUUUGAGGCAAUUGAAGGAGUGAGUAAAAUUAAAGAUGGUUACAAUCCAGCAACCUGGAUGUUGGAAGUUACUACUUCAUCACAAGAGAUGGCUUUGGGGAUUGAUUUUGCUAAUAUUUACAAGAAUUCAAAUCUUUUCAGGAGAAACAAAGCACUUAUUGCAGAACUAAGCACACCUGCUCCUGGCUCAAAGGACAUUUAUUUCCCUACACAGUAUUCAACAUCAUUUUUCACACAAUGUAUGGCUUGCUUAUGGAAGCAACAUUGGUCAUACUGGAGGAAUCCACCGUACACUGCCGUGAGAUUUCUUUUCACGACCUUUAUUGCGGUGAUGUUUGGGACAAUGUUCUGGGACCUUGGCUCCAAAAUGAAUGGCACCAAAGCUCUUAUCAACGCUAUGGGUUCAAUGUAUGCAGCUGUUCUUUUCCUUGGUUUUCAAAAUGGAUCAGCUGUACAGCCAGUAGUGGCUGUUGAAAGAACGGUCUUCUACAGAGAAAGAGCUGCCGGAAUGUAUUCAGCUCUGCCCUACGCCUUUGCACAGGCCGCAAUUGAGCUUCCGUAUAUAUUUGUUCAAGCUGCAGUUUAUGGUGUUAUAGUUUAUGCAAUGAUUGGAUUUGAAUGGACUGCUGCUAAGUUCUUUUGGUAUUUUUUCUUCAUGUACUUCACAUUGUUAUACUUCACCUUUUACGGAAUGAUGUCUGUGGCUAUGACUCCAAACCACCACAUCGCUGCCAUAGUUUCCACCGCAUUUUACACAAUAUGGAACCUCUUCUCAGGGUUUGUAGUUCCCCGACCUGUAAGUACUGUUUACACUAUCUUAAUUAUAGCAUCCCUAUAUGGUGGAGAUGGUACUACUGGGGAUGCCCCGUAUCAUGGUCCUUGUAUGGACUGGUUGUAUCACAUUGUGGUUAAGUAUACUGAUUUAUCAUCAAUGGAGAGUGCUGAUAUUUAUAGAGCUAGUAGUCGUUUAAGAGGCAGUUUAAGAGCAGGUUCGUUGGUAUGGAGAAAUGGUACUGUGGAACCAUUUUCAAGAUCUUCAAGAGAAGAUGAUGAGGAGGCUCUAAAAUGGGCUGCGCUUGAGAAACUACCUACUUAUGAUCGUUUAAGGAAAGGUAUAUUAGCGAGCGCAUCAAGAGGUGUAAUUAGUGAGGUAAAUAUUGAAAAGCUUGGAGUCCAAGAAAGAAAACAGUUGCUUGAGAGGUUGGUCAAAGUUGCUGACGAGGAUAAUGAGAAGUUAUUGUGGAAACUCAAGAAUCGUAUUGAAAGGGUUGGAAUUGAGUUUCCAAAAAUUGAAGUUCGGUACCAUCAUCUAAAUAUUGAAGCAGAAGCUUAUGUAGGAAGCAGUGCUUUGCCUUCAUUUGCUAAGUUUACUUUUAAUAUAUUAGAGGGUUUAUUGAUUUCCCUUCAUAUCCUUCCAAGUAGAAAGAAACCAUUCAACAUCCUUAAGGACGUUAGUGGAAUCAUCAAGCCAUCAAGACUGACCUUGCUUUUGGGUCCUCCAAGUUCUGGGAAGACUACUCUGUUGUUGGCAUUGGCUGGAAAGCUUGAUCCCAGUCUGAAGUAUUCUGGUCGUGUGACAUACAAUGGCCAUGAGAUGAACGAGUUCGUACCACAAAGAACAGCUGCCUAUAUCAGUCAACAUGAUAUCCAUAUAGCAGAAAUGACUGUAAGGGAAACUUUGGCAUUCUCUGCUAAAUGCCAAGGGGUCGGACAUCUACAUGAUAUGUUGGCAGAGUUGUCGAGAAGAGAGAAAGAAGCCAGCAUUAAGCCUGAUCCAGAUGUUGAUGUCUUCAUGAAGGCAGUAGCAACACAAGGUGAAGAGGCCACUGUCAUCACCGAUUAUGUCUUAAAGAUAUUAGGAUUGGAAGUCUGCGCAGACACUAUGGUAGGUGAUGAAAUGAUAAGGGGUAUCUCUGGAGGACAAAGGAAGCGAGUUACAACUGGUGAAAUGCUGGUCGGACCAUCAAGGGCAUUGUUUAUGGAUGAGAUUUCUACUGGCUUGGACAGUUCAACAACUUACGAAAUUGUGAACUCGUUAAAGCAAACCAUUCACAUUCUCAAUUGCACUGCUGUCAUCUCACUUCUCCAGCCAGCACCCGAGACUUAUGACCUUUUUGAUGACAUUAUUCUCCUGUCAGAUGGCCAAAUUGUGUACCAGGGUCCUCGUGAAAAUGUUCUUGGAUUUUUUGAACAUAUGGGCUUCAAGUGCCCUGAAAGAAAAGGCACCGCUGACUUUUUGCAAGAAGUGACAUCAAUUAAAGAUCAAGAGCAGUACUGGGCACGAAAAGAUCAGCCUUACAGGUUUGUCACAGUCAACGAAUUUGCCGAGGCAUUUCAAUCAUUCAACGUGGGACGAAGGAUUGCAGAUGAGCUUUCAACACCAUUUGACAAGUCCAAGAACCAUCCAGCUGCUUUGGUAACCAAAACGUAUGGAGCUGGAAAGAUGGAUCUUCUUAAAGCUAACUUCUCUAGAGAAUACUUGCUCAUGAAGAGGAACUCAUUUGUCUACAUCUUCAAGAUUUUCCAGCUUACAAUAAUGGCAAUCAUUUCAAUGACACUCUUCUUUCGGACCGAGAUGCAUCGUGAUACAGUUACGGAUGGUGGAAUUUAUACUGGUGCUUUAUUCUUCACUGUGACCAUGAUCAUGUUUAACGGUAUGCCGGAGAUAUCUAUGACCAUUUCCAAGCUUCCUGUGUUUUACAAGCAAAGAGACAUCCGAUUCUUUCCUUCAUGGGCAUAUGCAAUUCCUCCAUGGAUCCUGAAAAUUCCCGUCACAUUUGUUGAAGUUGCUGCAUGGGUGUUCCUCACCUAUUAUGUAAUUGGAUUUGAUCCAAAUGUUGAAAGGUUUUUUAAGCAGUACUUUCUGCUUUUGCUAAUUAACCAGAUGGCCUCUGCACUAUUUAGAUUUAUCGGUGCAGCUGGAAGGAACAUGAUUGUUGCUAACACCUUCGGGUCAUUUGCGCUACUUGUACUUUUCGCAUUGAGUGGCUUCGUCCUGUCGCGAGAGCAAAUAAAGAAAUGGUGGAUAUGGGGUUACUGGAUUUCACCAUUGAUGUAUGGGCAGACGGCUAUAGUAGUGAAUGAGUUCGUUGGAAAUAGUUGGAGUCAUAUUCCUGAAAACUCCACUGAAACACUAGGAAUCCAAGUUUUGAAGAGCCGAGGUUUCUUCACAGAAGCAUAUUGGUAUUGGAUAGGAGUAGGGGCAACAAUAGGAUUCACACUACUAUUCAAUCUCUGCUUCGUGCUGGCCCUCACUUUCCUCAAUUCAUUUGAUAAGCCUCAGGCUUUUAUAUCUGAAGAGCCUGAAAGUGAUGAAUCUGGUGGCAAAACUGGAGGAGCUAUUCAGUUAUCAAACCAUGGAAAUGGUCGCAGAACUAACACAGAGGGUGGAGUUGGAAUUAGCAGAAGUGGUUCAAAGGCCAUUGGCGAGGUCCGUAAUAACAGGAAAAAAGGAAUGGUUCUCCCAUUUCAACCACAUUCCAUCACUUUCGACGAUGUUAUUUAUUCUGUUGACAUGCCACAGGAAAUGAAAGUUCGAGGAGUUGUUGAAAAUAGAUUGGUGCUUUUGAAGGGUGUGAGUGGAGCUUUCAGGCCUGGUGUCCUUACAGCUUUGAUGGGUGUUAGUGGUGCUGGAAAAACGACUUUGAUGGAUGUUUUAGCUGGCAGGAAAACUGGUGGAUAUAUUGAGGGAGACAACAAAAUUUCUGGGUAUCCAAAGAAGCAAGAAACUUUCGCUAGAAUUUCAGGAUACUGUGAGCAAAAUGACAUUCACUCUCCACAUGUUGCUGUCUAUGAAUCCUUACUCUACUCAGCUUGGCUUCGUCUACCUACUGAAGUCGACUCUGAAACCAGAAAGAUGUUCAUUGAGGAAGUCAUGGAGCUUGUGGAGUUGAAUCCAUUGCGCCAUGCAUUAGUUGGGUUGCCUGGUGUGAAUGGUUUGUCUACUGAGCAGCGCAAGAGGCUAACCAUUGCAGUUGAGCUCGUUGCAAACCCCGCUAUCAUAUUCAUGGAUGAGCCAACUUCAGGGCUAGACGCUAGAGCUGCUGCAAUUGUGAUGAGAACAGUUAGGAACACUGUGGACACUGGAAGAACAGUUGUAUGCACCAUCCAUCAGCCCAGUAUAGACAUAUUUGAAGCUUUUGAUGAGUUAUUCCUGAUGAAGAGAGGAGGACAAGGGAUAUAUGUGGGGCCUUUGGGUCGCCAUUCCACCCAUCUUAUAAAAUAUUUUGAGGCAAUUGAAGGAGUGAGUAGAAUUAAAGAUGGUUAUAAUCCAGCAACUUGGAUGUUGGAAGUUUCUAGUUCAGCACAAGAAAUGGCUUUGGGGGUUGAUUUUGCUAACGUCUACAAGAAUUCAGAUCUGUUCAGGAGAAACAAAGCACUUAUUGCAGAACUAAGCACACCUGCUCCUGGCUCAACGGACCUUUAUUUCCCCACGAAGUAUUCAACAUCAUUUUUCACACAAUGUAUGGCUUGCUUAUGGAAGCAACAUUGGUCAUACUGGAGGAAUCCAUCAUACACUGCUGUGAGAUUUCUUUUCACGACCUUUAUAGCCUUGAUGUUUGGGACAAUGUUCUGGGACCUUGGCUCCAAAGUGAAUAGUACCCAAGAUCUUUUCAAUGCAAUGGGCUCAAUGUAUGCAGCUGUUAUCUUCCUUGGUGUGCAAAAUUCAUCAUCUGUACAGCCAGUGGCGGCGGUUGAAAGAACUGUCUUCUACAGGGAAAGAGCUGCCGGAAUGUAUUCAGCUUUGCCCUAUGCUUUUGCACAGGUCCUGAUUGAACUUCCGUAUAUUUUUGUUCAAGCUGCAGUCUAUGGGGUUAUAGUGUAUGCAAUGAUUGGAUUUGAAUGGACUGUCGCUAAGUUCCUUUUUUAUCUGUUCUUUAUGUACUUCACACUAUUAUACUACACCUUCUACGGAACGAUGGCUGUCGCAAUGACUCCUAACCACCACAUCGCUGCGAUAGUUUCCUCGGCAUUUUACGGAAUAUGGAACCUCUUCUCAGGGUUUGUAGUUCCCCGACCU